AAGUGACUGCUGUUUUUAUUUGACAAUUUAAUUUAUUUUUUCUAAAAUGGCAAGAUAUGUCCAAAGACCUGAAAAUGCUUUAAAACGAGCUAAUGAAUUUAUUGAAGUUGGUAAGCCAGCUAGAGCUUUAGAUACUUUACAAGAAGUGUUUCGAAAUAAAAAAUGGACAUACAGUUGGUCAGAAUCAGUUUUAGAGCCUAUAAUGUUCAAAUAUUUAGAUCUAUGUGUGGAAUUAAAAAAAUCUCAUAUUGCAAAGGAAGGUCUUUUUCAGUAUCGAAACAUGUUUCAGUCAGUCAAUGUAGGUAGUUUAGAAAAUGUUAUUCGAGGUUAUUUACGAAUGGCUGAAGAAAAAACAGAUGCUGCUAGGAAACAAAGUCAGCAAGCAGUAAUUGAUAUUGAUGAUCUUGAUAAUUUAGCUACACCUGAAAGUAUUUUAUUAUCUGCUGUUAGUGGAGAAGAUGCACAAGACCGAAGUGAUAGAACAAUUUUAACACCAUGGGUUAAAUUUUUAUGGGAAUCUUAUUGUCAGUGUCUUGAAUUAUUAAGAACAAAUGCCCAUGUUGAAACAUUAUAUCAUGAUAUAGCUAGAAUGGCUUUUCAAUUUUGUUUGGAAUAUAAUCGAAAAACGGAAUUUCGUAAGUUAUGUGAAAAAUUUCGUAAACAUUUAGAAGAAAUUAGUAAAUUGCCCCAAAUGGUAUCAAAUGUUUCAAUCAACAAAAUUGAAACACAGCAGUUAAAUUUAGAAACAAGAUUAAAUCAACUUGACUCUGCUAUUCAAAUGGAAUUAUGGCAAGAAGCUUACAAAGCUAUUGAAGAUAUUCAUGGAUUAAUGAAUUUAUCAAAAAAAAUGUCUGUACCAAAAACAAUGGCCAAUUAUUAUCAAAAGUUAGCAAUGGUUUUUUGGAAAGCUGGAAAUUACUUAUUUCAUGCAGCUGCAUUGUUUAAAUUAUUUCAACUUUCUCGUGAUAUGAAAAAAAAUAUGUCUUCCGAGGAACAACAACGUAUGGCUAAUAGAGUUCUUUUAGCAACAUUGUCCAUUCCUUUACCCUCUGCUCACCCUGAAUUUGAUCGAUUUAUUGAAACUGAUAAGAGUCCACAAGAAAAAGCUCAGAAGUUAGCAAUUCUUUUAGGAUUGUUACAACCUCCUUCUAGAGCUUUGUUACUUAAAGACAUUGUACGUCUUAAUGUUGUAGCAUUAGCUUCACCACAACUUCAGGAUUUAUAUAAUUGGCUAGAAAUAGAAUUUCAUCCACUUGAGCUUUGUGAAAGAGUACAUUCAGUUGUUCAAGGCUUACAACAAGAUGAAACCGGUCCACUUAUUCAAUACAUUCCCGCAUUGCAGGAUGUAACACUUGUUCGUUUAGUACAUCAGAUUUCACAAGUAUAUCAAACUAUUCAAUUCAUGAGAUUACUUCAACUUGCAAAAUUUACAACUGAUUUUCACUUGGAACGUCUGUUAGUUGACUGUGUUCGAUAUAAUGAUAUGCAAAUACGAAUAGAUCAUGGAAAAAAAUGUAUACAUUUUGGAGUUGAUUUAUCUGAAGCACAAAGAGAGGAUAAUCCUGAUGGGCCAGUAUUACAAGCCAUGCCAUCAGAACAAAUUCGUUGUCAAUUAGUUAAUAUGGCUACUGUUUUGCAUCGUGCAAAUAAUAUAAUAAAUCCUAACAAAAAAAAACAGGAACGAGAAAAAUUAAGAACUAUGAUGGUAAAUCAUUAUCAUGAAACAAAGGUGAAGGAACAUCAGCGUAUUCUUGGUAGACAUAAAAUAAUUGAAGAGCGAAAAGAAUAUAUUGAACACAUGAAUUUUGUUCGGGAAGAAGAAGAAAUGCGACGUCAGGAAGAAUUAUUGCGUCAACAAUUACUGGCAGAACAGAAACGUCUUGAGCAAGAACGCGAAGAACGUGAACGUAAACGCCAACAAUCUGAAAUCCAACAAAUUAAAGAUAGAACGUUGAAAGAAAAAAUGCAACAAAUUUCUCAAACAAGUCAUGGGCAAAAGGUCUUGAAAAAAUUAGAUGAAGAUGAAAUUAAAAAAUUAGACGCGGAACAAAUAGCAGCUCGUGAAGCAGAAGAAUUACAAAAAGAAAGAAAAGAGAUGCAACAAAAACUUAAAUCGCAAGAGAAAAAAGUAGAUUACCUGGAAAGGGCAAAGAGAUUAGAAGAAAUUCCAUUACUAGAAAAAGCAAUGGAAGAAAAGUUGGAACUUGCUAAACAACGUUGGGAACAGCAAGAGUGUGAAAGAAUUCAAGCUGCAGUAGAAGAACGUAAUCAGGCUGUUGCAACUCGUGAACGUUUAACAAGAAUGAAAGCUGAUGCUAAUACUUUCCUUGAAAAAAUUCUUGCUGAACGUAAGAGUAUAUAUUUAGAAAAGCUGCGAGAUUUCGAAUCUAUGUUAAAUCAAGAACGUAUCAAACGUUUAUUAAAACGUAAACUUCAACGGAAGGUCGAACGAAAAUUACAAUGGGAAAAAGAGGCAGCAGAAGCAGCUGAAAAGAAAUAUUUAGAAGAAUUGCAUCUCCGUCAAGAAGAAGAAAGAAAACGUAUGGAAGAAGAAAGAGCGAAACGGGAAGAAGAAGAAAAGAUUCGACGCGCAAAGGAGGAGGCAAAGGAAGCCGAACGUUUAGCAAAACUCGAGAAACAAGGAGAAAUAAUUAGAAAAAAGGAAUUAGAAAUAGAACGUAAAUUAGAAGAAGAAAGAAUUAAAAGUGUGGAUAGACCUAUGCAGUACACGAAUUGGAGGAAAAGGACAAGUGAUAUUCCAUGGCGCGGCUCAAAAGAUGGUGCUCCAAAAGAAAAUAUUUCAAAAGCAAAUGCUGAAAAAGAUGAGAAUUGGAAGGCUAGUAGUGAUCGCAGAGAAUUCUCUGCUGACAAAGAUCAACGUAAAUUUGAUAAAGGAUAUCCUAGUACUCCGAGUUCGUGGCAUGAAAAUCGUGAUGUACGUCGUCCAGACUUCCAGCGAGGUCGAGAAGACCGUGAAAGAGGGACAGAACGACGAGCAUUUUAUCAAACUGAAUCACGACCAACUGUUGAAAAUUGGCGUAAUAGCUCAAAUUCAUCAAAAGAGAUUCCAAAAGAUGCUUCUCUAAGAGAUUCAGAAAAAAAAGAAGAUUUAGUGCAGGAUACAAAUGUUAGUAAGGAAAAUAAAAAAUCCCCAGGUCAAUUAAAUGAAGAAACCGGUGAAUGGUCUAAAGUUAGCAACCGUCGUUAACAAGUCAUGUUAUUAUAUUGAAAUAACUAAUUGGAUUCAUACUAUACAGGCUUGGUGAAAUACUGUAUAUUCAUAAGAUUAUAAUAAAAUGUAAAACAUUAAAAAAAUAUUUUAUUGAGCAGCA